GCGAUAGUGCCGAUUAACGAUCUGCACGGUACUCAACGGGAACUUCAAGAGGGUUUCCCAGUUGCGAGGUCAAGUUCUGGAGAUGGUAGCCUCAUCUUCUCGAGUGGACAUCAUCGAAUACUUCACCCGGAAGCUUUCACCGCUCAGUGAGGAUGCUUCCGCGAUCGAACGCCUGUAUCCAGAAGUCCUGGAAAAUCUCAGAGGAUUGUUCUUGAGAUGUGUUCUGAAUUCAGAGAGCAACUCGAUGCUCGUCAUGGGCCCGAGAGGUUCUGGAAAGUCUGUUCUAGUCAGAGCAGCGCUGAAGCUCUUGGAUAAAGAAUCCGGCACCAGAGGAAACUAUUCCGUCGUGGAACUAGAUGGAGUCGUCCAUACCGACGAUCGCUGCGCCCUUAAAGACAUAACGAGGCAGCUACAGCUCGAGAACGUCGUCGGGGAGCGGGUUUUCGGAAGUUUCGCCGAGAAUUUUCAGUUCCUCCUAGAUUCUUUGAAGAGUGGUGUAGACAGGAAGAAAUCGAAAUCUUCACUGUUCAUUUUGGAUAAUUUCGAAAAAUUCACUCAGCACAAGAGCCAAACCCUUCUCUACAAUCUAUUCGACGUGGCACAGAGCCAACAAGCACCCAUCGCGGUUGUGGGAUUGUGUUCGAGACUCGACACGGUGGAGCUGCUCGAGAAACGCGUGAAGUCACGUUUCGCUCACCGUUUUCUCCAGCUGUCGAAUAAUUUCGACAGCGACACUUACGUCGAGACCGCUGGUAUACUCUUGUCGAUGGACACGGAUAGAUUCUCAAAGAAGACUGCCAAUGAGUGGAACGCCGAUAUAGCGGAGCGGGUCAUUCCGCAAAUGAAGAACGCGCUCGUACAACUAAACGAGAUCGACAACACGCUCAGAACCUUGGUGGACUCCCUACAACAGAUGGUGCGGCGACUCGGUCCGGACCACCGCUUAGAGCCGAGCAUCUUCGCGAAAACCGUUUCGCGUUUUACUGCUUACGAUCCGAAACUAGUGGUCAGUUCGAGCAUACCCGCUCUGCAAAUGGUCCUCUUGGUCUGCAUGCUGCGACUGAGCGCUAUCUACGACGGGGAACCAUUCAAUUUCGAAUUGUUGUAUAAAGAAUAUAUGCGAUUCGUACGCAGUACGAAAUCUUCGCUCAGCCAUCCGAAAAACAUAGUAUUCAAAUCGUUCGAGAGUUUGUGCAAUCUUGAACUAGCCCAACCCGUCGGAGGUUCACUUGUCAGCCAGAAGCGAUACCGACUCCACCAUUUACAUUUCUGCGCACAAUUCGUCAGUGAAGCUGCCAGAAAUAAUGCGAAUCUACCAACUGAUGUGGCUCAAUGGAUUAGUACGACUCUUAGCGACAAGGCCCUUGGGAUCUGAAUCAUUCUCACGAUUUAUUCUAGAAAUAUACAUGCGCUCCAACCCCAAUAAAGACAGCGUU